CAUAGCAUGAGAAGCGAUGACACCGUAUUGCAUCGCUCACUCCAACGCCAACCUCAGACCUCGUGUUCCUCUCUGCACCACUCUGGUCACCAGCAGUCGUCUCAGCUCCCUUACCACUCUGGCGACAAGAAGUGUCAUGUCGCAGCGAAAUCGAUCCUCGGGGUCAGCUGAGAAAUUUCUACGAGACAAGUCUCAAAGUGAAAAAGUCUCAAAAUGAAAAAGUCUCAAAGUGAAAGUUUGCAUUGCAUUCGCAAGUUAUCGACAAAAAAUUUCUCCAAUUGAACUAAACUAAAAGUAAAAGCAAAAAAUUAUGGAGCAGUUGGACAAGUUUGAGCAAAGUCAAGUGGUGCGAUAAAGUUAAAAAUAACUUUGUAUUUGGUUUUACAUGGAACCUGAACCGAAGUUGUAUUUAUACAUUUGUGUGCAUAUUAGUCUAUCCUACAGACUCAUUACUCAGAACCACAAGUACAAGCCAGAGAAAGUGCAUUUAACAUAUUCACACAAAAUAAGCAAGCGAGACUCAAGUUGAACAUGGUGACAAUAUUUUUAGUGUUUAAAACAGUCUGACUUUGGGACAUUUUGAGAGUUUCUAUUUGGUCAAACUGGCAUGAAAUUGACCCAAUUUUGGUGAAGUGGUUAAAAAAUUAUAAUCAUGGCACCUGAACCGGAAAGGAGCGACUCGACGACGGCCAAAAGUUGUGGCGUCGAUUCGCUCAAAAAUAAUUCGUCUCGUUCCAACUCUAAUGCUGGAGACUCGGAUCGAGAUAAUCCUCCACAGAAUAACUCGACUAAUUCCAAUUCAUCCAUCAAGUCCUCACAACACUCACCUCAAUCUAAUUGCCAUUCCAUCAGCCCUUGCCAGUCACCAAAAAGUGGAACUCAAUCUCCACCAAUUUCCUCGCAUCACAAUUCCUCCACCGAUUUACAGUCAACCCCAGUGGGGUCCAUCCAACGUGGAUUUUUCCACCCCUUCUUUUUCCAUGAUCUCGAAGCUCAGCACCAAAAAUUAGAAAACCAUUUGAACCACCUAAACGCUCUCCACCAUCAACAAAAUCUCAGCCACACCUCACCUGACCAUCAUCAUUCGUCUCAAAGUAAUUCCUCGCCCACAAAUAAUAAUAAUAAUAACAAUAACAACAACCAUGGGGGCAAACAACCCAUCGUGAUUCCUCAAGCUUUAAGAAUGGCUCUCGGACUUGGGCCAGGAAACCCGUUCCUGAAUCACCCAGGGGCCGCGAUUCCUUCAAGUCCGGGUCAGCAAGGUCAUCCUGCCCCCACGACUGCCACAAAUGGUGGUCCAGCCACGAACGCCCUCUUGCCAAACCAUCCCAUGCUCGCUGCAGCCACUUCCCUUCCGUUCACCGUGUCUCAAGUCGCAGCCGUCUGCGAGAGUUUGGAGGAGUCAGGUGACAUUGAGCGUCUGGCCAGAUUCCUCUGGUCACUCCCCGUCGCGCACCCCAACAUUGCUGAGCUGGGGAAAUGUGAGUCCGUUCUGAGAGCUCGUGCAAUUGUUUCCUUCCAUUCUGGAAACUUUCGAGAUUUAUACCACAUUCUCGAAAUGCACAAGUUUGGAAAGAAUUCCCACGCUAAGUUGCAGGCAAUGUGGCUGGAAGCACAUUACCAAGAAGCGGAGAAGUUGAGGGGGAGGCCGCUGGGGCCGGUGGAUAAAUACAGGGUUCGGAAGAAGUUUCCACUCCCCAGAACUAUCUGGGACGGAGAGCAGAAGACCCACUGCUUUAAAGAGAGGACGAGAUCACUUCUCAGAGAGUGGUAUUUACAGGAUUGUUACCCAAAUCCUACCAAGAAAAGAGAACUAGCGCAGGCUACUGGCCUCACACCCACUCAAGUCGGAAACUGGUUCAAAAAUAGAAGGCAACGGGAUAGGGCAGCCGCUGCUAAAAAUCGGCGACUCCAUCACCAUCUCGGGCUUGGAGGUAAGCGCCCCGAGUCGACGGAUACCGACGACGCGGGUGACGAUAAAACCCCACCACACUCACCGGCGCCCUCUGACAUUGGGUCUGACUCCGACCUGUCCCUGGGUACGAACAGUCCCCCUCCACCAAAUACCUCCAUAUCAUCACAAUCAUCAAUCUCCUCACCCAACCAUAAUCAUAACCCUGCCAGUCACCCUCUCAGUGCAAUGUUUUCGUCAUCCUUCCCAGGCCUCCAAGGUUUUGGCCCCACAAUUCCUAUCCCGGCUUCCUUAGGUCACUUGGGCCUUCCAGCUCCAGGGCACAUAACAAUGCCACCUCACCACCACUUAUCGCAUCAUGCCCUCUCUCCAGGGGGGCUGUUCCCCUCACUCGCACAUUUUCACGGCCUCACCUCUGCCAUGUCAAUGCAGGCCGCAAAUGCUGCUACAAAAGGGUUCUUCAACAUGGGGAUGGACCUUCAUCGACCCUUCCUGAAACAAAGCUCUUCACCCGAAAGGUCAAGUUCAUCGUGAUUUACACCACAGUGAGUCGCACGAGUUGUUGAAGCCAUAUCGUUAUUUGUCGUUGUCGUCGUCGCCAUCCUGACCCUCAGUAUCACCUAAUUAUUAGAGUAUUAUUAUUGUUGGAGAGCGUUCUUAGCGGCAAGGUGCAAUAUGCCAUGAUAUCCAAUCACUUUCCGCAGGCUAAGUAAGUAUACACUGAUGCGUGCAGCUAUUUAUUAGAUAAAUGUAAAAUGCUUCGUACUAUGUAAAUUGUACCUGUAAAUAUAUGGCUGUUGUGAUUUUAUUAAUGUGCAGUGUACACCUUUUUUAUUUUUAUUCUAAAUAAUGCCAAUGAUAUAUAAUAGUUCCAUAUUUAUUAACUAUUUAUUCAAAAUAAUCGCUUGUUCGAAUUUAAUUCCUCCAUCAACUGGAGAAAAUGAAUCUUGUUGAAUCUUAAGAGUCAAAAAUUUGAAGAGUCUUCAAAUAAAUCAUAAAUUAAAUAA